CUUCCUCUCCUCUCUAAUUCUCAGCAUCUUCCUCUGACUCAUGCUUUCAUCCCCUCCCCCUUCUGUUUCUCCUCUCAUCUCGCCCUCAUUCUGGUUUGCACCCACCCUCUCUCUGUUUUGCCUCUCUCUUCCGCAGCUCGACACUUCCAGGCUACGCGCACUGACAGCAGGAUGUCCAUUGUGAGCAUUGUCGCCAGGGAAAUCCUGGACUCUCGGGGAAACCCUACAGUGGAGGUGGACCUGAGAACUGAUAAAGGUGUAUUCAGGGCUGCGGUGCCCAGCGGAGCGUCGACAGGCAUCUAUGAGGCUCUGGAACUCAGAGAUGGAGACAAGAGCCGUUACAAGGGCAAAGGUGUAUUGAAGGCUGUUGGUCACAUUAAUGACACUCUUGGACCAGCCCUCAUCGCAUCUGAGAUCAGUGUGGUGGAACAGGAGAAACUGGACAACAUGAUGAUCGAAAUGGACGGCACAGAGAACAAAUCUCAGUUUGGAGCUAAUGCCAUCCUGGGAGUGUCUCUGGCCAUCUGCAAGGCCGGUGCGGCAGAAAAAGGCGUCCCUCUGUACCGUCAUAUUGCUGAUCUGGCAGGAAACACUGAACUAGUGCUGCCAGUUCCUGCCUUUAAUGUAAUCAAUGGAGGCUCCCAUGCUGGAAACAAGCUUGCCAUGCAGGAGUUCAUGGUGCUUCCUGUGGGGGCGGAGUCAUUCCGUGACGCCCUGCGUGUCGGAGCCGAACUCUACCAGACUCUGAAGGGUGUCAUCAAGGAGAAGUACGGCCAAGAUGCCACCAACGUCGGUGACGAGGGAGGAUUCGCUCCAAACAUCCUGGAGAACAGUGAAGCACUUGAGUUGAUAAAGACGGCCAUAGACAAGGCCGGGUUCACAGAUAAAGUCGUGAUCGGGAUGGAUGUAGCCGCCUCAGAGUUCUACCGUGACGGGAAGUACGACCUUGACUUCAAGUCCCCUCCAAACCCAGACAGACACAUCACCAGCGAUGAGCUGGUAGAGAUCUACCAGACGUUUGUCAACGAUUAUCCAGUGGUGUCCAUUGAGGACCCAUUUGAUCAGGACGACUGGGCCGCUUGGACUAACAUGACUGGUUCCAUGGGGAUCCAGAUUGUGGGCGACGACCUGACUGUGACAAACCCAAAGAGGAUAGAGAAGGCUGCGGAAGACCGUGCAUGCAACUGUCUGCUGCUGAAGGUCAACCAGAUCGGCACCGUCACAGAGGCCAUCCAGGCAUGUAAGCUCGCUCAAGCCAACGGAUGGGGUGUGAUGGUCAGCCAUCGCUCAGGAGAGACAGAAGACACUUUCAUUGCUGAUCUAGUGGUGGGACUCUGCACUGGACAGAUAAAGACAGGAGCUCCGUGCAGAUCUGAGCGUCUCGCCAAAUACAACCAACUUAUGAGGAUUGAAGAAGAAUUGGGCGAUCAGGCUAGAUUCGCCGGGCACAAUUUCAGAAACCCUAGCGCUCUGUGAUAAUGACACCACCACACUGAAAUCACUCAAAAAACAACUGACAUGUACUGAGUAUGUACUGCACUGAACCGACUGACUGCCCUUGACAUCCCCUAAAAUCAUUCAAAAUGCAUAAAAACAGCACUAUUUGCACUGAUAUACAAAAGAUGACUUACUCAGACACUCCAAAUAUAUAUUUAAACUGAACUAGACUGCGGACAGGCUUUGAUAGACCAAAAAUUAUUCACAGCGGAUCCUGGAGCGACCAACAUUAUGCACAAGUGAUACUGAAUUACUUGACGGGCGAAACAUGUGCACAGGGUGGACAUGCAUGCGUAUGAUACAGAAAAUGGACCUUGAAUUUAACAAGGCAAAGGCUGGAAUAAAAGUAGAGAUUUAUUUUAAUCAGGUGUAAUCUUUAAAAUUAAGCUUCAGUUUAGAUGUGAAAUGAAUGUGAAAUAUAAAACACAGUGUAGGUUGACUUGCCACACUAAAGAAAUCAAAUGUCAUUUUUAUGGUUCAUUGCAUGAGAAGUAGGAAAAAAUAUAUAGAUAGUUUCCUUAAUAUUUAUGCAGCAGUGGGAUUUUCAAUGGGACGUUCACGCUAAUAUGAGUGACAUUGACAGUGAAGAAUUCAGGGUCCAGCAUUUACUCUAAAAGACAGUUUACAAAAGUUGUUUGCCCAGGGCAUUAGAUGCUUUUUAUCAAACAAUACUCUCUUUCUCAGAUGCUGUUUUUUGUGUCCAUCUCUGACCCAAAAGCAUGCUGAGGAGAAAGAGCCUUUUGAAAAAACUGUUAUUCAAACAAAUCAACUAAUAAAAUAAAAUAAAAUAUGAAAAUAGGGUGAUUUAAAAAUAAAAGUUUUACUCAUUUUAGUAAAUUAAACAUUCAAAAUAAUGUGUGUAGAAUAUAUUUAUUUCCAUAAAGAUGCUUCGUUUUUUUAAACCAACAUCAGGUUUAGCCAUAAGUUACUAUAUAUCUUUUUCAUUUAUUGGAAGGUGUAAAAAUAUGUCCUUUUGUGAUUGUUAUGAUAUUGUUGUCUGAUGGCUCCCAACAUAGAUCAACACAGAAAAAAAAAUAUAUAAAAAUAAAGAGAAUGAAAUCUUAAGGAUCGAACAUAAAGUUCACAUAUCACUUCUGUUAAUAAGAUUAGUUACAUUAAAGAGCCCUCAAAUCUUCAUACAUCUGACUGAUUUUCUCAUGCAAUGACUCUUAAAAUAUACUUUUGGAUUUUCUUUUACCCUGGAUCUCCAUCCUGAAGAGGAAGUGGAAGUUUUUUUUGAAUUGAAUAAAACACCUAAAGGGUUAGUUCACCCAAAAAUGAAAAUUAGGCUGCGUUUUACUUCUAAUUCUCUCUGCUGUGUUUCCACGUUCAUCACUUCUGAGCGGCGCGUGCACAAAGCCGAACUCAUACGUCAUCCACCCGGAACUGCUUCAGUUUACAACAGUAAUCGCAAGCUAGAUUAAAGUGAUUAUUACAUUUUGAAUAUAUGUUUUUCUUACAAAAACACAUCGAUUCGCUACAGGAGGCCUUUGUUCACCCCCCGGAGCUGUGUGAGACAUUUUUUUUUUAUGGAUGGGCGCUUUUUAUUUCACUUCUUUUGGACUGAUGCAUGCAACACCCGUUGAGUGCCAUGAAACAGCUUGAAAGAUCAAAGACAAAUUUUAAUAUAACUCCGACUGGAUUCGUCUGAAAGAAGAAAGUCAUAGACACCUAGGAUGCCUCGGCGGUGAGUAAAAUACAGUCUAAUUUUCAUUUUUGGGUGAAUUAACCCUUUAAUCUGUAAGCCAUGUGUAGGUAGAAUAUGUUGAUCUUGGCAGGUUCUGGCUAAACCAAUGGCGUGUGUCUACCUCUGUCCAAAUAUAUAAUAGAGGGCAGUAGGAAUGACACACUUCACUUCUCCUUUAAGAUUAAUGAUCUAAACCCAGUAGUGAAAGAAAGACAGACAUAACAAUUACAAUGACAGAUCUAAUUCAAGAACUCGACCGACAGACACACUCACAUGAAUAGAGACAAACACUCACUCACUCACAUUUGUGUAGCAAAGUCUCACCCUCAAUGCACACGACUCCUUAUUCUCCUUCUCCAUAGUCUGUUUCUACCUUUCUUGUCAUUUCAUCCGUCUACUCUCUCCCUUUCUCUUCUUGUGGUUAUGACUUGGCUUGUUCCCCUGUCCCUGAAAUCUUUUUCCUCCCUGAUGACUUAUCUUUUCAUCAUUUUGUGAGAUUAUUGUGGUGAAAGAAGAAAACGAAAGCAAGAUGGAGAGAAAAUAAAGAAAUAACUGACAAGCCUGUUAAAGAAUUAUGUAAUAGAAUAUUAAAGCUGUCAUUACUUUCGUCAA